UUUGUGUGAAUGAGCGCUGCUCUCCGCUCCUACGGGAUAUUUGUGUUGCGGGACUCUCUCGGGCCAGUGGCUGGAAAAGAAAACCGAAUGAUUUAGUUUCGUGUCAGGGGGGCUCGCUCGGCGACGGAUUACAUGCGAUAGUAAGGGUGUGCAGGAAUUUGUACCGUGCGUUAAUUUCCGUGCAGACCCGGGAACAGGUACGAUGGAGGAGAAGGCGUCGCUCAAGGAACUCGACCAGUGGAUAGAACAAUUAAACGAUUGCAAACAACUGACAGAGAGCCAAGUGAAGACUCUCUGCGAUAAGGCAAAAGAAAUUCUAGCUAAGGAAUCAAAUGUACAAGAAGUAAAAUGUCCCGUAACAGUAUGUGGAGAUGUACAUGGACAGUUCCACGAUUUGAUGGAACUGUUCAGAAUAGGUGGCAAAUCACCUGAUACAAAUUAUCUCUUCAUGGGUGACUAUGUUGACCGUGGCUAUUAUUCGGUUGAAACUGUCACUUUACUCGUAGCUCUUAAGGUGCGAUAUCGAGAAAGAAUAACCAUUUUGCGGGGUAAUCACGAGUCGAGGCAAAUCACACAAGUGUAUGGAUUUUAUGAUGAAUGCUUACGUAAAUAUGGGAAUGCCAAUGUAUGGAAGUUCUUUACAGACUUAUUCGAUUAUUUACCGCUAACAGCAUUGGUCGAUGGCCAAAUAUUUUGUUUGCAUGGUGGUUUGUCGCCGUCGAUCGAUACUUUAGAUCACAUACGUGCUCUAGAUCGUCUUCAAGAAGUGCCACACGAAGGUCCUAUGUGCGAUCUAUUAUGGUCGGAUCCAGAUGAUAGAGGAGGGUGGGGUAUUUCACCACGUGGGGCAGGAUAUACUUUCGGUCAAGAUAUUUCUGAAACAUUCAAUCAUUCUAAUGGAUUAACGCUUGUAUCCCGAGCUCAUCAAUUGGUCAUGGAAGGUUAUAAUUGGUGUCACGACCGCAAUGUUGUGACCAUAUUCUCUGCACCUAAUUACUGUUAUCGUUGUGGAAAUCAAGCUGCAAUCAUGGAAUUGGAUGAUGCUUUAAAAUAUUCAUUCCUACAGUUUGACCCAGCACCAAGACGUGGAGAACCACAUGUUACCAGGCGAACGCCAGACUACUUCCUCUAAAAGGUUAGGCUUCAGGGCUAAGUGUCAAGGUAGGGGAAUGGAAAUGCGCGAUCCUGACUUUAUAGUGACGCCAGAUAACAUAACUUAUAAUAGAACAUCGCUAAAUGAGUGUGAGGCUCAGACAAGUUCUCAUAUACCACAUAUAGCUCCAAGUAUUAUAUCAUGGCUCACUUUGUGGUGUCUCAUUGAGAGAUAGAAUAGAUUACACGCACAUUUUGUGCGUGCCUUACACAAUACAUGUAGACACAUUACUUGUACACUAAAGAAGAAAAAAUACAAUAAUGUACACACGUAUCGAUUAAAUUCACUUGUAGCAUUGA